AUGUCUGCACCACAAACAACGGACGCCCACAAAGCUAAGUUCCUUUUUCGAGGAAUCACUUUGCAUUAUUGUGAAUGCGUGAAUAUACCCCUGAGAAGAUGGUGGUCGUCGACUUGGGUUGUUUCUCUGGCCCAAACACUCGGCGAUCCGGUCGUCGUGGUGGUCUCCGAGGUGCUCGACGUCAUUGGCGGCCUGCAGAGAAAUUACUUGGGACGUCAGGAGCCACCGGAGAUCCAGUUGUUCUCGAAUGACAGCCCAGGGAACGACUUCAAUUACGUUUUCCGGUCCCUGGGCGAGUACGAGCUGGGGAAGGUUGAGGAGGAGAAGGGGAAUCUGCAGGAGCCAUACUACGUGGUGGGAGUGCCGGGCUCCUUCCACGGCAGGCUGUUCCCAUCUCGGAGUGUCCACUUCUUUCCACUGUUCCAGCAGAUCUCAACAGGUUCUCUCAUGUUGCCCUCCUCUUACUCAUCUCAAUCGCCGCCUUUUCUUCCAUCUUGA